GUUUUACUUAUGAGGCAUUCGGAUUGAUGUGACCGAUCCAUCGAUCAUAUAAAUACACCUACUAAAACCACGGCCCACGCAUACGCACGUAAUCAAAGCACUUUAAUAUACGUCAAGUUGAUAUAUACAAUCAGUAUGCUCAAUCCUUUAGUCGACACAGCGUUAGAGUACUAUAACUCGGCUACCGAUGCAGUCGGUGGGAUCAUCCGAUCCGGCGCUGAUGAAGUCUUUGACUUCACAGAACAACACAUAGGCGAGAUUAGUCAAGGAUGGCGUCUAGCUAUUUUGUUUGGCCUGGGAUUUUUCAUGCUACUAUGCAUGACGAUAUAUGUUUACAAUAUGGAAGACGAAUACGCCGAGAAACGGAAAAACAGAGGAUCACCUGCCCCUCCCAGGCCGAGGCCUUCAAAGCCAGUGAGGAAGUACGAUACGGUCUCGUUGAUGACCUUAAAUAUUUUGAACUAUGUCCUGGCGAUUUGCAGCAUCUUAAUUAUUAUGCCAGGUGCUAUGGGUCUAAACGCAAUUUUGAGCCAUAGUUUCGAGUGGGACGAGCCUCACUACGGUUUGGAAUACAGGGGACGAGAUAUCAUUGCAAACUCUGCUUUCAUUCUAUUAGGAGUGGCCUGCAUUAUCGGGUUCCUGUAUCCCGUAUAUCGAAGCCAGCAAAUAAUGAAAUACGGCACAGAAAUCGAAGGUGUCGUAACAGCAUCUGUUCCCGACUAUACCAUUUCGGUUUUCAUCUUCCCCGCAUCCCGCAUUGAGUGGUCAUACAAACCUGAAGGAAGUCAGCGCGAAGAAGAGGGCUUAUGGAAGUCGACACCCUUCUCUACGUGGGCUCGGACGAAUUAUCCAGAAGGUUCAAAAGUUACUGUCAUAUAUGAUCCGGAGAACCCACAAAACUCUAUAUGUCCGUCGCUUCUAUCGAUGGAGUACACCAACUACGAGGACAAGACAAAAUAAAAAAAAUCAGGUAUAUUAAAAAGUAAAGUUCACUAGUUCUAAAUUC